UAUGAUUCUUCAUAUGCAAGAACUCAAUUAAUAUUAACUCCUCAACCCCCCACCCAAGGCCAAUUUGGUAAUUUUGGGCAAGAGUGAAAACUCUCUGAAAUCCAAACAGAAAAAAAAAAGAUGAUAGAGAAGAAGAAUAUAAUUCUGAUUCCAUAUCCAGCCCAGGGCCACGUCACUCCCAUGCUCAAACUCGCCGCCGUCAUCGCCGGCCUCGGCCGCCUUCGCCCGGUGCUCCUCACGCCGGAGUUCAUCCACCGCCGCAUCUCCCCGCAGAUCCGCCCCGGAGACGGCGUGCUCUGCCUGCCUCUCCCCGACGGCCUGGGCGACGCCGCGCUGCCCGAUUUCUUCGCCGUCGAGAGGGCGAUGGAGGAGACCAUGCCGCCGGCGCUCGACCGGCUGCUCCACGAGAUGGGCGGCGCCGUCGCCUGCGUCGUGGCCGACCUGCUGGCCUCGUGGGCUGUGGAGGUGGCGAGGCAGUGCGGCGUGCAGGCGGCCGGCUUCUGGCCGGCCAUGCACGCCACUUACCGCCUCGUCUCCGCCAUUCCGGACUUGGUCCGGACGGGGGUUAUAUCGGAAAAUGGUUGUCCAAGAAAUCCAAGUGAUCCCAUUUCUUUGUCUUCCCAUGAACCUACAUUGACUACAAGUGACCUACCAUGGCUUAUUGGUUCUUCAAAGGCUCGGAUUUCAAGAUUCAAGUUUUGGACUCGAACUAUUGAACGGUCUAAAACUCUCCAAUUCCUACUAAUUAACACAUUUUCAGAUGAAUCUGAACCCGCAACACAACAAUCGAUUAAAUUCAACAUUCAAGAUGUGCCCCAAAUUCUCGAAAUUGGGCCUUUGAUCAUGCAAGUUGCGACAACUCAUGCCACCACUUUCUGGGAAGAGGACGCUAGUUGCUUGGACUGGCUAGACGAGCAACAUGUGGGUUCGGUCAUGUACAUUUCUUUCGGGAGCUGGGUGAGCCCAAUUGGUGAAACUAAGGUAAAAUCUCUAGCAUCGACGCUCGAGGCGUUGAGGAGGCCAUUCAUUUGGGUACUGGGGCCCACGUGGCGUCGGGGGUUGCCCCAAGGGUAUACCGAGAGAGUGGUUUCCUAUGGGAGGAUCGUCGAGUGGGCCCCACAGGUUGAGGUGUUGCGACAUCCGGCUGUCGGUUGUUAUUUGACACAUUGUGGAUGGAACUCGACUAUGGAAGCCAUACAGUGCAAGAAGCCUCUCUUGUGCUAUCCUAUCGCGGGUGAUCAACUUUUGAAUUGUGUUUAUAUCACGAACAAGUGGAAAAUUGGUGUGAAGAUUGAAAGAUUUGGAAUUGAAGAGGUCGAGAAUGGGAAUAGAAAAGUGAAAGAUGAGAAAUUUAGGGAGAGAAUUGAGAAGCUAAAUGACAAAUUAUUUGGAAAGGAAGGGAGCUCCAAAGCAAUGGCAAAUUUAUCUACAUUCAUUAAAGAUCUCAAUACAUAAGUUAAGUAUCUAUUGUAAUUAUAUAAUAAAUGUAUAUUUAAAGGGUCUAGUUGUACACUUGUACUAAUGUGUUUUGAUUUUUGACCCAUUUUGUAAUUUUAUGUCGAUGUUCUUCGAUUUAAUGUACAAGUUAAAGGAUGUAUUAUAA